AAGAUAACACUAAGACUGUUCAAUAGUCGUUCAACUGCGUCAGUAAGUGUUCGAUAAACCCACCAACAUGUUACUCCUUACUGCAAUCGAGCUGAGCUCGGUUUUCAUAAUUUCCCUGCUUUUCGCCUAUUACCUCUACUACCGCUACUGUUUCACCUACUGGAAAAAACGAGGCGCGCCUCAACUCACCCCGACUUUUCCCGUUGGCGACUUAUCCACGGCCGCUUGGGGCAAGGAAAGUGUUUAUUUGCGUCUUCAAACGCUUUAUCACAAAUUCAAAGAUGCGGGGCAUAAAUUCGGGGGUAUUUACUUCCUCAAUGGCCCUAUUUACUUCCCCGUCCAUCCUGACUUGAUCAAGAGACUGCUGGUGACCGAUUUUGAGCAUUUUGUGGACCGGGGAAUGUACAUAGACGAGGAGAAGUUGCCUUUAACGGCCCACAUUUUUUCAAUGAAAGGCGAACAGUGGAAGAACGUUCGCAUGAAGUUUACCCCGACUUUCACUUCAGGAAAAAUGAAAAGUAUGUACAAUAUUUUGGUCCAAGUGUCGCAGCAUUUGAUCAAAACGCUCGAUCCAGUGGCCGAGCAGGGGCUUGAAGUCGAUAUUAAGGAACUCUUAAUGAGAUAUACGACCGAUAUUAUCGGGUCCACUGCGUUUGGUGUUGACUGUAACAGUCUUGAUAACCCCAAUACUGAGUUCAAUCGCAUGGUGGCGAUGAUUUUUAACAACCCGUCGUGGAAAUUGUACAAAAUGGCACUGGAGGAGGGGUUGCAAAACCCGGGGAAUAUCAUCAAAAUUGCACAUGAUAACAAAGUCGUGCAAAAAUAUUUCAAUGACUUGGUUCGGGACACGAUCGAAUAUCGCGAUAAGAAUAACAUUGUCCGAGACGAUUUUAUGAACAUUUUGAUGCAAAUGCGAUCGACUGGCAUGGAGUUCAAGGAAAUUGUUGCACAAGCUUUCCUGUUUUUCACCGCCGGGUUUGAAACUUCCUCGUCUACUAUGAGUAACUGCAUUCACGAACUGGCCCACAACCAGGAAAUUCAGGAUAAAUUGAGGGAAGAAAUCCACGAGAAUUUGGGCCGGGAGUCCUCGAAAUACACCUAUGACGACGUUCUAGCCUUACCUUAUUUGGACAAAUGUGUCAAAGAAACUUUAAGAAAAUAUCCACCGGUGGCAAUGCUCAACCGAAUUUGUGUCAAACCGUACAAAAUUCCAGACACUGAGACUGUGGUGGAAGUCAAUACUCCGGUCAUAGUCUCAGUUUUAGGACUUCACCGAGACCCGGAAUACUUUCCGGAGCCGUUAGAAUUCGACCCCGAGAGGUUCAGUAAUAGUAAUAAAAUUGCACCUUUUACGUAUUUACCGUUUGGUGAUGGCCCCAGGAACUGCAUUGGUUUGAGGUUUGGUUUGAUGCAAACAAAGUUGGGCCUUGCAACCUUGCUUAAUGAUUUCAAGUUUUACCCAAGUCCUAAAUCGCCGCGACAUUUGGCCGUCGACCCGAGUACUACCACGCUUGUGUUCAGUGUUUUGAACGGAGUCCAUACGAAAAUUGUUAAAGUUUGAUUUUUUGUUAUUAUUUUUUUCAAAUAAAUGAACUAAUUAUGU